AUGAACAAUGUCCGUCUACCUGACUAUACACUUAGAUUACAUAAUAGUGAAAUUACAAGUUUAGUAAUUAUCAGUGAUUUUGAAAACUUUAAUACGCCAAUACUGUUGUCAUCAGAUAUAGAAGGAAAAAUUAUAUUUUGGGAUUUAAUUACAAGAAGACCUGUUUUUAUUCAUAUAAUUGAAAAAUCUCCACAUAUAGUUUCAGUUGAAUAUAUCACUAAUGAUAAAUUAUAUGCAGUUCUUUCCAAAGAUCAUAAAUUUAGGAUAUUUAGAUUGACUGAAAAUGAUAAAAUUUCUUUUGAAAAUGAAUAUAAAUAUUCAUUCAAUGUUGCUUUUGAAUCCCCUGUUAAUACAUUAAAUUUUGCCAAUUUUGCAAUUCAAAAACUUAAUAAAGAGGAAAGUAAAUUUAGGCUAAUUUGUUGCAAUACACAAGAUGCAGAAGGCAUUGACAUUUAUGACUUUAAAUUAGAUGAAAUAAAUUCAUUAAAACGUAUCAAAAAAAAUUUAAAUUUUUACGAUAUUGUAAACAUUUCGAUUAAUGACUCUGAAUUGUUUAAAUUUGAUAAAUUAGGGGUUGUUAUGAAAUUCAUUCAGUUUCAAGAUGACAUUGUAAUUGUUGGUUAUGAAAGUGGAUUUAUCAUUGGGUUUAGGAUUCAUGAGAAUGUUCAAUUACUUAGUGGGCCAUCAGCAAGUGUGAAGACCUCUUCAUUAUCUGAAAUCCUAAGUGAAAAAAGUAGAGAUGAAAACACUGUAAUUGCAAAUAUUGUUGAAAUUGUUUAUAUAUCAAAAAUACAUUACCCAAAUCCUGUGUUAAACAUGACUUUAGAUACCAAUAAGACGGAGGGACUAACAUUUUAUAGCUCAUCUGUGGAUAACAAAAUUGGAAUUCAUGAUAUUAAUUUGAAAAAUGAAGGUAAUACUAGUUUUGAUCAUGCUGACUUCCACAUAAGCGCUAAUAACUCCACUGCUGUAAGAAAAGAUAUUUCUAUAGGAUUAAAAAAUAUAGAUACAGAAUACGAGAAGAUUGGACUAAUAGAGAAGAGUAGAGGUAAAUUUAUAUUAGGAACUUGGAGAGGCACGACUUGCAUACUUGAUAACGAAUUUAAAUUAACUGAAAAAAUUCUACGAACUAAGAGCAAUAUGCUAGUAAACGAAUCUGCUGUAGGAGAUAUUCAAAAUACUGCCAGGGAAGAGAAAAAGAUAUAUAAGGUAACUUCAGUAGGUUACUUUGAAUGCUCUGAAUCUCUUAAUGGAGAUGCAACAUCUACGAAAUUAAUCAAUCAAUCAAGAAAUAUAGGCAGCCAAAGGAGACUUAAUGCAUUUUUGCAAUCAUUUUGGGUAUUUGUCGGAUAUAAUGACGGUUGUAUCACUAUUCAUAAAAAUUAA